ACUUUUUAGAUGUGCGCAUGCGCCGCCCGAGGUCGUUUCUAUGGUGACGCUUUUGUAACAAACCCUCCUCCGUCUCACCUGUAUUUUAAUUUGAGGUAGACAGUGGUCGUCAUGACAGCGGGAGCGGUGUCAGCUCCGCUCAUCAUUCCCAUCAUCCCCCUGCAGACACACAGAGCCAAGAACCACAUCAACACCAACACACCUGUCUCCAUCCAGUCAGACACUCCAGGUGUGUUGAUCAUCUACACUCUGGAUGGGUCGAAGCCAGAGGCAGUGCAGCGGGGGUCAGCCGGCAGCAGCAGGAAGUACAGCAAGCCGAUCCUACUGCCUGCUGGUAGAGUGUCUGUCAGAGCUGUGGCUGUGACCAGUGACGGCAGGGAGAGCUCCAUGGUGACCAAAGUUUUCUCUGUCGAACCUGUGGAUUCAAACAGCAGGACUGAGAAUGAGGACAACGUCCUGCAGAAUGACCAGCAGUGUCCAUCUGAAGGAGCUUCCUGCUAUCCUGAGAAUACUGCUGGUUCUUCACUGAAGCCUGCAGGGCCAAGGAUGGAAGACAGUUCUCCUCAAUCAGGUCCUCGUAUUCUGAACAGUCGACUAGGCUUUCCCAGCCCCUUGGUAGCCCAGUCUGGAUCUUGCCAACAUUCCCAGUCAGCGAAUUCGGGCACGUUCAAGCAGCUGAGCAGCACACAGACGUCCCGAAUCCACCGAGAGACAGACUUCCUGCGGUGCGCUCAGUGUUUGAGUUUUCGCCCUUCAGAUCCUUUUGCUCGGUUCUGUGCUCAGUGUGGAGCUGUGGUUCCUCCGUUACCUGGACAGAGGCUGCCCCCUACUGAGGGAGGACAGACAGUUCGUUGUGUGUUCUGUAACACUGUGGUCCCUGCCAACACCCACACCUGUUUGAUCUGUGAGGCCUCCAUCCACCAGCAGCUACAGCCACAGGCCACGCUUGCACUGCAGGAUCACGUGGUGUGUGUUUGCUGUGGAAGUGGGAAUCCAGCUCACAUCUCCAGGUGUUUGACCUGUGAGAGCCGCCUGCAGCCGGCGGUGAGGGUCGGUAACAGCGCCCCCUCGGUCUCGUCAGCUCACAGCAAGACGUUGUCCUGCUCCAGGUGUAAACGUAUGAACCGAGGUGAUGCCCGAUACUGUGACUGGUGCGGCUCCAAGCCCGGCCAUGCAGCCAGCUAUGUGAUGUGUAGGCGAUGUGGAGCAAGCGGACAUCCAUACGCCUCUUAUUGCGCAGUGUGUGGUGUCUACCUGGAGCCACCGGCCCCGCCCACAUCCCGCAGUAACGCCACACAAGCUGUCAAGGGCAGCGCCCCCAACCAGACCUCAACUGCCACCUGGAAGGCCACAUCCUCACGCCGUGCCCCCACUGUGAAGGUAGCCCCGCCCACUGUGGAUCAGUGUACACAGACUGUAGGACUCUAUUUCCCAUCAGCCACUGAGCUCCACAGGAAGGAGCAGCAGAGGGUGCUACAGCUUAGCAGAGAGCAUGCCACCAGAGACCGCCAACCACUGCUGACCGCCAUCAGCCCAGGAAGAGGUUACUGGAGGAAGCAGCUAGAUCAUAUGUGUGCUCAUCUGAGGAGUUACGCUCAGAACAACGCCCCCUUCAGGACACUGCUGGGAGAGCCUCGCCUGGGCCGGAUGGUUUCUGCUGUGAUUCAGGAAGAUCAGUAUGAAGUCAGUCUGACCCUUCGUUUCGUCCUGGCCGGAAGGGAAAUAAAAGAGGUUGGUCCUGAAGGUGGCGCUGCAGAGCCAGCAGGUGGUGAUGUUAUGCCUGCAGGUCUGAGCAGCGUUACAGAGAAAUCAGCCGACCGCAGCACGACCAGAAGUGAUUGGUCUGCAGAGCUGAUGAAACCCCCCAGAUCAAACCUGACAUCCAACCCCCUGGACGUUCAGCUGCUGAAGGAGCUCGGUCUGGGUCGAGGUCAGAUCAGCAUCAUUCAGCAGCUCCUGGAUAAGGGGGCGAACCCCUCCUGCUGGAGCAGUGACGAGCGACAUGCCCUGGCAGUUGCUGUUGUCAACGGUCACCAUGAUGUACUUCCUGUUUUGGUGCAGCGAGGAGCUGAUGUUGACCAGCAGUCUGGACAGAUGAACAACACAGCUUUGCAUGAAGCUGCAGCUCUGGGCUCUGAUGGUCUGCAGUGUGCACAGGUCCUGCUCAGCUGCAAGGCCAGCACGAGGCGCAGAAACGCUGCCGGUCAGACGCCGUACGACGUGGCAGUGAACUCGGGCUGUAACAACAUGGUCACUCUGCUGGCUGCACAGACUGGAAUGGACUUACUGGGCAAACUGGGGAAACCCAAACUGAACCUGGAUGUUUUCUGAUGAACAAACUGGACUGAAUCUGAAUCUUCACUGUUUUUUUUUAUUUUUUUUUUUCUGAAGCUGCGUAACAUCCCGAUGUUGUAGCAACUGUGCAAACAGACAGGAGCAAUAUUUAAGAAAUGCUUUAUUAUUCUGUAUAAUACUAACUGUUUAGACUAAGGUCUGUUUUUGGUGUUGAAUAUUGAAACCGUGUUAAUUUAAAUUAAUUCCUGACCUUAGAAUCAGUUUGUGUCACCUACAAAGCUCAGCUCAUGGUCAGUUUUUUAGCUUUUCACUACAUCUCAUGGUCCUCACAAGUCAGAAGAACUGGCUCAGGUUUCAUCACUAAGAGUUGAGAUUACGUUGUCACAUAUAAUUUUGCUUUUUAGAUAAAACUGUUCACUCUUAACAGGUGACAUGAACUGCAUAAUAAAGAGGAAAUGCCAAACGUUCAUCAGUGUAAAAGGUGUGGUUAUCUCCAUCAGCCAGUCACACAGCAGGAGGGUGGAGACAGGACCUCAGGUAAAAUUUAAGGUACUUUUGGAUGCAAAUCUGACACUGAGCCACAUU